AUGGCGACUCCGCUUUCUGGGACAGCGAUUAUCACGGGAGGAAAUGGGUCGCUUGGAUCUUCAAUAGCCAUCGCCAUCGCCAAAGCGCAUCCUUUUGUGCAUCUUUUACUACUGGCACGGGAUAUCCGCUCCGAUAGCGUCAAAGAACUGAGAGACAAGAUCCGGUUGAUCGGACCCCGGUCGAUUGAAGUAGCAAGAGUGGACCUGACAAGUUUCAACUCCGUCGUCAGCUUUACAGAGAAUACAGUGGAAAGGGUCCAAAAUAAAGAGAUCCCUCCAGUGACACUGCUCGUAAACUGCGCUGCUGUUGCGUCCUACGUCGCCGACCAAGUAACACGAGAUGGGUUUGAUCCUGUCUACCAGACCAACUGUAUUGCUCCGUUCCUCUUGACCAUCGGUUUGCUGGAGGCGUUCCGUGCAGGCGAUGGAACACCGAACGGCGGAGCGAGGGUGAUCAAUGUUGGUUGCUCAUCCAUGUCGAAAGGGUCUUUGGAUUACUUCGACAAACAUGACUUUGGAAAUCAACAACCGGGGACACCAUUGUCCUCGAAGGAAGGGAAUGCCCGCUUUGGAAGUAGCAAACUAAUCAUGAGCGCGGCCAUGUACGCCUUGCGCCGGAGUCUGGUACUCAAAGGCAAAAUUCCCUUAAACAUAUAUACACUGGAUCCCGGUGGAUUGACGGGAGAGAGCCAUUUAACAGAGAACGCCCCUCGGUCGGUUCGAAUGGCACACCAGACGCGGUCUGGACUCCGGCCAUUCCUGCGAGUGUUCUCUAAAAGUGCCAUGAAUAACCCUAGUGUUCCAGCCAAGAUAAUCACGAAAGUCGCAUUCCAGAGAGAUACUGUGGAGCAAUGGGGACGGGAGCGAUAUUAUAUCUUGGACAACGACUACGAGGCCGGAUCCGUCCUUCCGGUGCUUCGAGACCCGCGAAAAAUGGAGGCGUUGCUUAAGAAGCUGAUGGGACAAAUUGAGAUUGGUGUCAAGGGCAUGGGGUCUCCCCAGUCCAGGAUAUCACGCAUCAAUUAA